AUGUGCGUCAGGAGCCUCGCGUGGGAGACCACCGACCAGGCUCUGCGGGAGUACUUCGAGCGCUUCGGCGAGGUGACGACGUGCACCGUCAAGACCGGCCCAGACGGCAGGUCACGCGGCUUCGGCUUCGUCAACUUCGCCGACAAGAGCGCCAUCGCCGCGGUGCUCGAGGAGGAGCACGUGGUGGACGGUCGCAGGCUGGAGAUCCUCCCACCGCGGCUCACCGACCUGGCGCACACCACCAAGGUGUUCGUCGGCAGGCUCGAGCCGUCGGUGCCCGUGGAGACGAUCCGGGAGCACUUUGCCCAGUUUGGGGAGGUGCUGGACGUGUACAUGCCCCACCCGCACAAGGGUUUCUGCUUUGUCACCUACGCGGAUAACGCUUCGGCUCUC